UUCCCCAGAGGGGGAGGGAAGAUGGGAGGAGUGAUGUGGUGGGUCGAGCCGGGCGGCGGGAUCCGCGAAGUGGCGACCAGAGAGAGCGGCCGUCUUCUUUUCUGCCGCCACCGCCGCACCUGAUCGGCUGGGGCUGGUGGACCAGAAGCUGCCUCCUUUCCCCUGGCUGCAGCGGGGCGCCCGGCUUCCCGAACCGCUUGCCCAUGGCUUCAUCCGGUAGUGGCGUGGAGGAGGUGCGCGUCUCGGUGUUGACCCCGCUCAAGCUAGUGGGGCUGGUAUGCAUCUUCCUGGCAUUGUGUCUGGAUCUGGGAGCCGUGCUGAGCCCGGCCUGGGUGACGGCCGAUCAUCAGUCUUAUCUGUCCCUCUGGGAGUCCUGCAACAAACUCGGCAACCCGGAGACCUGGCGCUGCAAAACUACCUUGAACAGCGAUUGGCAGAUUGCUACCCUUUCUAUGCUGUUGGGUGGUGCCGCCAUAAUUCUUAUAGCUUUCUUGGUUGGACUAAUUUCUAUCUGUGUGGGAUCACGGAGGAGGUUCUACAGGCCCGUUGCUGUCAUGCUGUUUGCGGCAGUGGUUCUUCAGGUGUGCAGUCUCGUCCUUUACCCGAUCAAGUUCAUUGAAACUGUCAACUUAAGAAUAUACCAUGAGUUCAACUGGGGCUAUGGCCUGGCUUGGGGUGCAACUAUAUUUUCCUUUGGGGGUGCCAUACUUUAUUGUCUGAACCCUAAGAACUAUGAAGACUACUACUAAAGGAAACUUCUUUUGUAAGGAAAGGAAUAAAACAAGGAAUGUCCUGUCUUUUAUAAAUGUUUUUAGUACUUUUGUAGAGUGUCAAGCUGUCUACUCUAUUGAUUUAUUAGCCAUGACCUUUUGGCUAUAACUACUACAAAUAGCUUUUUAACAUCUCUUUAAAAAAACCUGAUAAAUUACAUCUGAUGAUCAGUUAUAGUGAAAUGAAAGAAGUGGCAGCUACAGUAAGAAAGGUAAUGGAUAUGAAAAAAGCAGUUGUAUUUGCUCUAGUCUACUAGCACAAGAAUUGUGCAAUUGCCUCUAUAUUACAUAUGAUUCAAAUACACUGAAGCUUGCCAACUUAGGCUGCUGUAUUGUCUUGGUCCUCUGGGACUCUUACACAAAAUAAAUGGCUGAAUGACUGGAUGCCAAGACAAGAGAAGACAAUUGAUUAAUACAUGCAUUCAACAGUUCUCUAACAAGAUGAAUUUAUACAUUUUUCAGCCAGCCGUGGUAUAGCAACAAGUCAAAACCUAGAACAUAUUCUUCAAAUCACAUGGUUGGACAUUCUGUCUCAGCUGUAACCAAGUUCUGGAAAUAAUGUAGAGAAUGACACAAAUGUAUUGAAAAUUUUUAAAGGUGGGGGGAGCAGGGAAAAUCUGCAUGAGCUACUUUUAUCUUGACUGCCAUUUCAUUUCCAAGCACCACAGUAAAGAUUUCAUGAGCAGCAUUUGAAAAUGCUUUAUAGGAGGCAUUUAUUGAUAUCUCUAUCAUGAUAGAACAAUGGAGAUAGAACAUGACAUCCUAAGCUAGCAGGCACAGAAACUCUUAAAUUACUGUCAGUUUAUAAGAGCUUUCUGUAACUCUUGGUUAGGCUUAAAAUAAUUAAUUAAAAUUAAUGUUGCUUAUCUACAAAUGGGAGUGUCAGCAAAUAAGUGCUUGAAAUGGGUUGAGAUGUCUUCAGUCAUCAUAGUCAUCACAAUAGACCAUGGACUAUUAUCUGACAAAUGAGACACAAUGAUUUUCAGGUAUGCAUGGUACCAGGUUCCCAUGUUUUUCUCUGGCAUGAUUAUAUAAGGGGAUAUAUAUGGGAUUUGUUUCCUUAGAUUAAUUACAGCUUCCCAUUUUAUCCAAACUUGAUAAGCUGUGAUAAAUUUUUGCUUUAAGCCAAUUUCAAACUGUGGAUUUUGAAGCUAGCUUUUUCAAACAAACUUUAGAUAAUAUUAACUACAUUUUUUUUUUCAGAAAUAAAAUUUAAUUUAGAGAGAUGAGUGUGCCAUUACUUUGACUUUUAAGUAAAAGCUUCUGAUCUAUUUCUCUGAGCAACAUUGCAGGAAGAUUGAAAGGUCUAUAAGAAUAUAAGACUCGCCUAGGUUAGCUCUUAACAUAAUAAAUAAUAGUUUGCCACAAUGUCUAAUGCUGCCAGUGUGUUUGUUUGCCAUAAAUAUAAUUAUUGUGCAGAUAAAAACAAACAUAACUUUUAAAUGAAAGCAUCUAUAAAAAUUAAGUCAAUAUUAAUAUAAAAGGAAUAUAUCUAUAUAUCUAUUGCUAUUGCUAUUAGACCAAUAACUGCUCUCAGAAAUAUAUAUAUAUUUCUGGGAGCAGUUGUUGGUCUAAUAAGAUCUUGCCAAUCUUUAAUGAUAUAUUUUGUAAAAGACAUGACCUUGGCUGAAAAGCCAUACUGAUAAAUAUAUUUCAGUAAAGAGUGGGGAAAAACGUUACUAUUAAACUCACUGGGAACUAAAACUAGAGAAAAUGAAGUAUGACACAAUUUAGACAUUGAUCUGAAAAAAGUGCUAAUGUGACAAAUCACUCUUUGGAUAAAAUUUGAUUUUUUGAAAAAGAAACUAAGAAAUCAUAUCUUUUCCAUAGGGACUACCAGGGAUGUAUUAUGAAAAUCAUAAAUUAUUGUAACAGUUAAUAUACAAAUUAUACUUUUUUUCCUCCAGAUAUAAAGGACUAGAUGAGAUUCUUUGCAAUUAUCAUUGCUUGCUUAAUUUAUUUCCUAUUCAAAUUUUGCAAAAAAAAAAAUAUAUAUAUAUAUAAACUUUGUGACCAAAGUUAAUUUGGGAUGGGAAAUUGAAAUUGAUUUACCCAAUAUAACAUUUAUUUUUGUUUAGAAUUGUCUUAUUUGGAUAUUUUUCAAUUCUGAAAAUAUUUUUAUACAGUGUAUAUGGUUCUAAUACAAAUUUAAAAACAAUUAUUUUUGUUAUAUGGAAAUUAGAAUGUACGCUAGUCUGGAUCUCCUUUAAAACCUAAAGAAUGAAAAUGCUGCUCUGUGUUGUAGUUCUGUAAUACUUUUGCAGAAUUUCUUAAUUUGAAAACCUCAAAGUAAUAAACAAUUAUUGCAAAUGACAGAAAGAAAAAGGGAGUGUCCUGCAAAGCAUAAAUCUAUAAUAAAUAUGUUUAAAUGUAUAAAUAUUAACAAACAGACAGUUGUGUUUUUUUAAAAAGAUCUGGACUAUGACUUUUGCUCCAAACUAGAACUCUUUUAUGGCUUAUUUUCUGGACAACCCCCACCUACCCACACACCCACCCUCUGUUACUGAUGUUUAAAAAAGGUACUGCUGUAUAUGCAGCUGGAAGUAACAGCCUGCAUAUUCAGGAGCAGGAAUGUCUAUCAUGGCUUUGUACUCCACGUAAAACAGAUAAUUGGUGCUAUCUGCUCUUAUUUAUCCUCUACCCUACAACUGAGGCUAAUUGGGGUGGUAAAUAGCUGAUAAAGAAAAGGAACAUCUCAUUGGAAUUCCAUCUGGAACUAACCCAGAGUCUGUAGAGAAUGUUAAGAAGUAAAGGGUGAAUUGCUCAAU